GUCGCUACGCUACCCGGCUGUCCAACCAUCGAACAAAUGUCGAGAAUGCUGCGACUGCAGCUGGUGGGUCUCGUGAUGCUGGCCUGUACCCAGAUCCUCACGGAACACCGCAGUUUUUACGAGAGCAGACCGCAGUACGACUACUAUUCGAGGUUCCACGAUUCUCCGGGACGCGUGACCAGGGAGGUGCGCGUGAAGCAGGGCCGUUUACGCGGCUUCGUGGUGCAGCCGAGGACCAACCACGAUCUCCAGCCAGUCGACGUUUUUCUGGGAGUGCCAUACGCGGAGCCUCCAGUGGGAUCCUUGAGGUUCUCUCCACCGAGGUCGCCGGAACCAUGGCGAGGCAUACGGCAGUCACAUGAAUUCGCACCCGUGUGCCCGCAAAUCGCGCCGAAACUGCGAGACGAGGUGAAACCGGUGCGGUACGAGUACCUAGAGAAGCUACUGCCCUUCCUGAAGAACCAGAGCGAGGACUGCCUCUACCUCAACAUCUACGCGCCGCAUCAGGUCGAAG